UUAUACAUACUCUACGAACCAAAACAAAGUUAUUGCAUUGUCGUAAUCAUUGUAGUUUCUUUUUCCUACUUUUGGUUUUUCUUCGAAAAGUGAAAUUUUUACUUGCAAAUUUAUGCCCUCAAUAAAGAAUAUGACUAAGGACUAAUUUCGUCCAAUGGCCAAUCAUCAUGAGUAUCAAAUUUGGAGAUCUGGAAACAGAUGAACGAUUCAAGAAAUUGCAACGAACCUUGAAACUAGCUGUACUGCAAAAUGAACAUAGCAAGAGUGUACACAAUAGAAAACCAUCGACUGUAAUAACUUGGCCGAGUAUUUCCAGUAUUAAUGCAGAUACUUUAGAUUCCAGUAUUACAACACCGUUGCAACAAACUUCUUUGUUCAACAGCGAAGUCUUAACUUCAAGUAAUAAUUUGAGAAAUAUAUUUUUAAAAAAGAAGAGCCACAAUAUUAAGCAAGAAGCAAUGACUACAUCUAGUCUCAAACAGUAUGAUGUCGAGAAGGAUAAUCAUGUCGAUCGGCUUGCUAUGCCACCCCCAAUGGGAAACACAAUUUAUCGCACUGUUCGGGAAUCACAAAAUGGUGUUUGUGCAUUGUCAAAUUGUGAAAAAGUGUUGCCUUCAUUUGAUUCAUCUAUAUGCUCUUCAACAGUAAAUACAUGUUUGAAGAGUGCUCCCACCUGGAUAUCCACUAAUACAUGUGCUGAUAGAUCUACUGUACCAGAAUAUCAGAAAACUUAUGUCUCACUGAGUUCUGUCCAUAAUUCUCAGAAUAUUGAUCGAGUAUUUUCGAAAUGGAAAGUUACAUUAAACAAUUACUAUGAAUUAAUAAUUAAAGGAACUUUAGAUUGUGGUAAGGUUGUACGUAGUAAACCAGUUAUAAGAAGAUACUCUGCAAAAUGUGUUGAAUCCAAAUACAAGCAUGUAUAUAUUCUGACGGGGAAUAUUGUUGAUGAAAGAAAUGGAUUACCAGAUUAUAUUCGCGGAAAAUUUUAUAAUGGUUUUCCUGAUGAUUGGGAGAAUGUUCAUCAAAUAUGGAGGACAUAUGCCGAGCAAGGAUGUCCAGUAACGUUUCGUUGGCCCACUCCUAUUACCGACAGUGAUGACGAUUUAAAAAGCGAAUUGACAGAUAUGACUUAUGCACAUGUAAAAAAUAAGAACACUAUUUCUGCAACGAAAUAUUGUAACUUAAACAAGUCUAAUAAGAUUGAAAAUAUGUACGAUAUAUCUAAAGAGAAGGAAAUAUGUAAUUAUUCUACUCAUAGUAUUCCAAGUUGUGAAAAAAAUUCUUCGUUUAUAAAGCCUUUUAUUUACAAUUCUGAAAAAGAUAUAAUUCCUGUUGUACAAAUAAAGAAUACGAAGUCUUUAUGUGAUGAAGCUAGUAAGCAAAAUUUUAAUUCUGAUAUAAAUCCUCCAUGCAGGAAAGUGAAUAAAUUGAAGGAUAUUCUUCAGGAAGAUAAACUGAACAUCAUUAUUAAUAAUUUGGCAGACAAGAAUUGCCCUCCAAAGUACAUCAACAAAAUUAUUGAGAUGUUGGAUUGUUUGGAUUAUGCAGUGUCUUACAGAACGGAAUCGGAAUGCAAUAACGAUUCGAUGAUCUCCACGAAUCAUGAAACAUAUAAAUCAGAAACAAUAUCAUUGCAAAAAAGUUCAGUUUGUGAUGACAAUCCCGUGAACACUAAUAAGCUUCAAAACAAAUCGAUGGAAUUAAAAAGCUGCACAAUGAGACAUUCCAUUGAUCCGGAAUACGGAAACAUAAAAAAUAAUUCUAAUACUAUCCAGUUAUCGAAUUCAGUAAAUCUUAGACCUGAACUCGACAACAAUUCCGAUAAAUUGGAGAGUGAGAUUUAUGCGGGUAUACGCAAAAUAUCGAUUGAACCAGUUUUAAAAUCUAAAGAAUUACCUGGAAAAAUAUAUAAACGUAAAAUGAGAAAAAAAACGACUUAUCCGGACACUCAAAAACAUGUGACGAAUCUAAUGUACAAUACAAAAGAAACUAAGUCCAGUCAUAUGGCAAUGAAUGAAGAGAAAAAAUUAUUUUCAAAUGAAUCUUGCGUCAGUAUAACAGAAGAUGAAGUGGGAACAGCAUACAAUAUGAGGAAGUGUCGCCAAACAAUACCUAUUAGUCCAAGAUCACAAGAAAUGACUUAUUCCAAUCGCCGAGAAAUAGAGAAAAAUUUUGAAAUGUAUGAGAAAGACAAAUUUGUAACGCAUGUGCAAAAUAAAUAUCCAAUUAAUGCUUUUGACACACAAAGAGUUAAUUCAGAUGUUUUUACAAAGGAGCAAAAUAUUCCAUAUAGAGUUCAAAACAAUGUACAUUCACAGCUUGUUUCAGAUGUUGAUUAUACCAUCAAUUCUGAUGUCAACAUUGUAACCGUAAGUUCACGAACAGCAGAUAGAAAUGUAAUAGCAUCACCGAUUAAGAUGAACCAAAACAUAGCAAUCAGCGAAAAUAAUGAGUUUUCUGAAAAAUCCAAUGUCUCUUCAAAAUUACGUAAAGAAUUUAUCGAACAAACGAAAAACGAUAUUGUGAUGAAAAAAUCCAAACCUAUCAUAAUCAGUUCGGUACCGGUAAAUUUGAAGAUGAGAAUAAGUAAAGAAAACUUGAAUACAACUGCCGAGCAAUUGCCUCCCAAGAUAAUCAACAACGAUAAACAGAAUAUUCGGCCGUUGGAAAACAUUAACAAGAACUUCAUGUCAAUCGCUUCUGUAGUCAAUGAUUCUCAUACGAAGACAAUUGACAAUAAAAGAGAGGUUUAUCCAAUAACAAAUAAUAAUAAAUUGCAUGAUAUAAAUUCUACUAAUCCGACGACGAAUUCAAUAACUGAACAAUCUAAAAGCAGCAAAGAGCAGUGUGGAGUUAAAAAAAAUCCCAAAAUGUUGACUGCGUGGAUGCCAAAAGUAGUAUAUUAUGCGAAAUCAAAAUCUGGAUUAGGUUUAACUUUUCAAGGAAAAUUAGUCAAUGAAGCUGGCCAUGUUGUGCAUAGAAAUUAUACGACAGACAUUGUGUUGAAGCGAUUAUCAGCGAUACUAAUCGAAUCAGUGAAUCAUGAAUUCUUUGAACUUCUUGGAAAUUUAAACGACAAUAAGCAUAUUAUUCCUAAGGAACUUGUAAAACAAUGUCGUUAUGGGUGUCCUUCGAAGAUCGAGCAAUUUUGUCUGACUUGGAAAACGUUGCAGCAAGAUAAUAUUCAAGAAAUUAAUCAGAAAUCUCAUGAUGCGACAGUGGACUCACUGAAUGCACCUGUUAGUUCGAGGGGACGUCAUAUUUUACCUCCGUUAUGUUACUGGACAGGUGAACGUAUAACGUUGAAAGAUAACAAUCCAGUCUAUAGUCCAGGCAAUUCACAGAAAUCAUCAUUACAUUCACAGACUAAUAACUUAAGAGAAAUUCAAAGGAAUAUUGUGGACACUGAUGAAACAAAUAAACAAAAUGGGACUUCUAAGAAUACAUCACAGAAGCAAAAUGUAAAUAAACAAAUAAUGCCUGAAUCAAAUACUUCAGAUAUAAAUAAAAAUCAAUCUCAAGAUCCUAAAAAAUCACAUAAGGUCAAUGCUGCGAACAAUGCAAAGAGAUCUGAUAACUCGAGGAAAUCUGUCCGUCGCAAACGACGGAAGUUGAUGAGCUCUACCGAUUCCAGCGAAGAGAAGCAAAAAGCAUCUCGGCGAAAGUAUGUACGCAAACUUAAGACAAACAAAAAUGUAAAUUCAGAAUCACGAUAUACCAUGGCAUUAAGGAAGCGGCAAAAUGUCACAUGUAAUUAUUAUAAAAGUAUUUCGCAAUCAGAAGACGCCCUAUCGGAAGACGAAGAAUCGUUUGUAUAAUCUCGGACGGUAAUUCCGUAUAUUAUUUUGUAUAUUGAUAACAAACACGCGAAAAUUUAAUUUAG